AGAAAUUAUAGACACUGGAGUAACGCUGAAGCACAACAGAACACGACUAGACUUCUGGAAUAAUAUUUUUUGGAGAAGAAGGAGUGAAGACUUGUAUCUCGUGCACUCAGCGUCAUGCCGGCUGGGUUUCAGCAGUUGGGAGGGGAGAGAAUAACUGGAACCCUCGCACUGUCAGUUUUCACAGCUGUGCUGGGUUCCCUUCAAUUUGGGUACAACAUUGGAGUCAUCAAUGCUCCUCAGAAGAUCAUUGAGCAGGACUAUAACUCAACAUGGAUGGAAAGGUACUCAGAACCAAUUCCUCAACCAACACUGACAUCUCUUUGGUCACUCUCUGUGGCCAUUUUCUCUAUUGGUGGCAUGCUGUCCUCCUUGUCUGUGGGAAUUGUCUCAGAGUUCUUUGGCAGGAGGAAAGCAAUGCUUAUCAACAACCUCCUUGCAUUUAUUGGUGGAGGCCUGAUGGGGAUGUCCAAAAUCAGCCGAUCAUUUGAAAUGAUGAUUUUAGGACGCUUUACCAUUGGGGCAUAUUGUGGGUUAGCAUCAGGAUUGGUCCCCAUGUAUGUGGGUGAGAUUGCCCCUACCAGUCUGAGAGGAGCUCUGGGCACACUGCACCAGCUGGCCAUCGUCACUGGCAUUCUUAUAGCCCAGAUCUUAGGACUUGAAUCCCUGUUGGGCAGUGAGAAGCUGUGGCCAGUGCUGGUGGGUAUUACAGUACUUCCUACAGUCCUACAGAUGGCGCUAUUGCCUUUCUGUCCAGAGAGUCCACGCUUCCUCUAUAUCAUCCGAUGCCAAGAGCACCAUGCAAAGAGUGCUUUACGGCGUCUGACUGGGCGUCUAGAGGUCAGUGAUGGCCUGGCUGAGAUGAAGGAAGAGAAGAGGAGGAUGGACAUGGAGAGGAAAGUGUCCAUUGCUGAGCUCUUCCGCUCUCCUCUGUACAGGCAGCCCAUCAUCGUCUCCAUCAUGCUGCAACUCUCCCAGCAGCUGUCAGGAGUUAAUGCUAUCUUCUAUUAUUCUACUGAUAUCUUCAAGAGGGCUGGGGUGGAGAGUCCAGUGUAUGCCACCAUAGGGGCUGGAGCUGUCAACUGUGUUUUCACUGUGGUCUCGCUCUUCCUUGUGGAAAGAAUGGGCCGCCGGACACUGCACAUGCUAGGACUUGCUGGAAUGUGUAUCUGUGCCAUCAUCAUGACAAUUGCCCUCGUAUUACUGGAGACUGUGCCAUCGAUGAGCUACAUAAGCAUGAUGGCCAUUUUUGGUUUUGUGGCUUUCUUUGAGGUUGGGCCGGGUCCUAUCCCUUGGUUCUUUGUGGCUGAGCUGUUCUCACAGGGACCCAGACCAGCAGCCAUGGCAGUAGCUGGCUGCUCCAAUUGGACCGCCAACUUCAUCAUCGGCAUGGGGUUCCAGUAUGUUGCUAACCUUUGUGGUCCAUACGUUUUCCUCAUCUUUGCUGUGCUGCUCCUUUUCUUUCUACUCUUCACGUUCUUCCGGGUUCCUGAGACUCGAGGAAAGACUUUUGACCAGAUUUCAGCAACCUUCCAGUGUCAUCCACAAAACAUGAUGGACAUGGACCUGGACAUGGAUCAAGGGAAGCACAGUACAGAACUGGACUACCUAGGAAAUGAUGGUAUAGAUAACUGAAGACUGAAAGUGAGGGAGAUGGUCAAUGGGGGCCAGAAUGACCAGAAUUCACCUUUCAUGCGGAAUCGGGGAGUAUCAAGGAAAAUGGAACGCAUACCAAAAAGAGAACAUGACAACUCAAAGGAGAGAAAGCAUUUGGUCUUUGGAUAUUAGGUGUUAUGGAGAUGAAGAGGGAUGUUGAACUUUGGGAGAAAGUGCAAUGGUGUUUGAAAAGGAGCAAGAGACUUGAUAUUUGGAUUUCUGCACUUUAUCUGCACAAAGGUUUCCAUACUAAGCACAUAACCAGUUAUGCUUUUAACAUAGAAUUAUAACAAAUCUUAGUCUUGUGCUUAUUAGAAUUUUUACAUUAAAGAUAAUGAAACAUUUUCAUACUGGGAUAAACUUCUGUCAAAUUAUUUUCUGUUCAGGAUUUUUAAGGACAAAACAAUUUUAAAAACAUUUUAAAGCAGUUUUUUGCACAAAGCUAAAAUUUUAAUUCUCAUUAAACUGUGCGUUAAUCAUACAGAAAUCACUCAACUAGUUCUCAAACCAAGCCUCCUCCUUACAAAUGACAAUCAAACAUGUCUCCUAAACAUGCACACUUUUAGAACUUUUGGAAUUAUAUCUAGUAAGGCCAGAAGGUUUUGCUUAUUGUAUAGAGUGAAAAAAAAAUAAAUUCAGUUACAGAAGGUUAGAGUCCUGAUGAUGAAUUAAAAGUGUGUGCUACUUGACAAAAUGAAAAAGCAAACAAGACUGACCUUUAUUCCUUAUAUUUUGAUUUGUAUAGUGUGUGUUGCUUGAUGACAUAUUGGAGGUGUGUGUAUGCAAAGUGUAUCUUUUAACAUUAAGUUAUUUAUAUGGAAUAAAAAGCAUUGUCCUCUAAUAUAACAAUUAA